GGUUGACACAGAAAAAGAAGCAGAGCAUAAAGCCAUAAAAAGUUAAUCCUUUGAUUAACCCUAAAAUAAGCUUUAGAAUUCACCACAAAAUAGAGAAAAAUCUCUCAAAAAAAAUUUUAUUGGGUCAAAAGCUGAAUAGCAAUUGAUUCAAAUAAGACUAAAGGAAACAAAACCAAUAUAUUUUUUAGAAUAGAACAUUCCUCAACAAAACCACAAUUCUGUUCAUAACUGUUCAGUGCAAAAUCAUGGGUGAUAGGUUACGUCUGGCAGUUGGAAUCAUGGGCAAUGCGGCUUCUUUGUUGCUUUACACCUCACCUAUAUUGACUUUCAUAAGGGUGAUAAGGAAAAGAAGCACAGAGGAGUUCUCUUGCCUCCCUUACAUUGUUGCACUGCUAAACUGCCUCUUGUACACUUGGUAUGGCUUGCCAGUUGUGAGCUGCAGAUGGGAAAAUGUCACUUUGAUCACCAUCAAUGCCUUAGGGAUCAUAUUCGAGGUUUCCUUCAUUCUCAUAUAUUUUUGGUUCGCUUCUGCAAAGGGAAAGAUAAAGGUUGCUACCAGGGCAACAUCUGUAAUCCUAGUGUUUUGCACCGCUGCAGUCAUCUCAGCUUUUGUAUUCCACGAUCAUCCUCACAGAAAGGUAUUUGUUGGAAGCGUUGGACUGGUGGCGUCUGUGGCCAUGUAUGCUUCUCCACUUGUGGUAGUGAAACAAGUGAUACAAACAAAGAGCGUUGAAUUCAUGCCAUUACACUUGUCUUUUUUGUCAUUCAUUGUUAGUUCACUUUGGCUGGCGUAUGGUCUGCUAGGCCAUGACCUCUUCCUCGCGUCCCCUAACCUGGUUGGCAGCCCCUUAAGCAUCUUCCAACUUGUGCUGUAUUGCAAAUACAGGGGAAGACAAAUUAUGGAAGAACCAAACGAAUGCGACUUGGAACAAAAUGAUCAAGAGAAAUCCAAUCAGGUGAUGCUCGCAACAAAUAAUAAUUUCAGUGGCAAGAGCCAAAGCAUGUGAUGCAGGGGGAAACUCUUAUGUUGGCCUCACAGUAAGAGCACAUGAAGUUGUCAAAAGGAGCUUAUGUUGUAAACAGAUUCUUAACGUAAAAUAAAGUACAAAAUUUGCUGCUGUAUUUCAAAGAAUAAGAAAUUUAUUGCCAA